AGGGAGCUGGCCCCUUGCAUUUCAUGAAUUGCAACACAUUCUUCUACUUCUGCACAUGCUCAUAGAUAGCUAGAAACAAAUUGUGACCCCUCGAUCGAAUCUAGCUGCAUUUGCAAGAAGAAGAAGAAGAAAUGGCAAGCUCAGCCUGCAGCUCUCUGUUCAUCAGCAUUAUCGCUGCUCUUCUUCUCUGCUGCUCACAGCUGACAGCUGCCAAGGAGCAACAGCAUGAGUUCGUGAUCCAGGAGACGGCGGUGAAGAGGCUGUGCAACGGCGGUAUGAGCAUCGUGACGGCGAACGGGCAGUUCCCGGGGCCGACGGUGGAGGUGAGCGAGGGCGACUCCCUCGUCGUCAACGUCGUCAACAACGCCACCUACAACGUCACCAUCCACUGGCACGGGGUGCGGCAGAUGAGGACGGGGUGGUCGGACGGGCCGGAGUUCGUGACGCAGUGCCCGAUCCGGCCGGGGCAGAGCUACACCUACCGGUUCACGGUGACCGGGCAGGAGGGCACGCUCUGGUGGCACGCCCACAGCUCCUGGCUCAGGGCCACCGUCUAUGGCGCGCUCCUCAUUCGCCCCCGCGACGGCGUGCCCUACCCGUUUGACUUCGCCGCCGAAACCGUCCCCAUCCUCCUCGGCGAGUGGUGGGACAUGAACCCCAUCGACGUCAUCCGCGCCGCCACGCGCACCGGAGCAGCACCCAACGUCUCCGACGCGCUCACCGUCAACGGCCAGCCCGGUGACCUCUACAGCUGCUCCUCCUCCCAGGACACCACCGUCUUCCCCGUCAAGUCCGGCGAGACCAACCUUCUCCGGUUCAUCAACGCCGCCCUCAACACGGAGCUCUUCGUCUCCCUCGCCGGCCACGCCAUGACCGUCGUGGGCGCCGACGCCUCCUACACCAAGCCAUACAACACUUCCGUCCUCGUGCUCGGCCCCGGCCAGACCACCGACGUCCUCGUCACCUUCGACCAGCCUCCGGGGAGGUACUACCUCGCUGCCCGCGCCUAUGCCAGCGCCCAAGGCGUGCCCUUCGACAACACCACCACCACCGCUAUCUUCGACUACGGUGCCGGCGAUGGCACUACAAGCCCGGCGAUGCCGACUCUUCCAGCGUACAACGACACUGCUACGGUGACCGCUUUCACGACGAGCCUGCGCAAUCUUCACUCGAUAGGGCUCCCCUCGGUCGUCGACGAGGACCUAUUCUUCACCGUCGGCGUCGGCCUCUUCAACUGCUCCAAGGGCCAAAGCUGCGGCGGGCCCAACAACACGCGGUUCGCCGCCAGCAUCAACAACGUCUCCUUCGUGCUCCCCUCGACCGUCUCCAUCCUCCAAGCGCACUACGAUGGUGGCGCCAACGCAGGAGUGUUCACCACCGACUUCCCAGCCAACCCUCCGGUGCAGUUUGACUACACGGCGCAGAACGUUAGCCGCGGGCUCUGGCAGCCAGUGCCAGGCACCAAACUGUACAACCUCAAGUACGGUGCCGUGGUGCAGGUUGUGCUCCAGGGCACUAACAUUUUUGCCGGCGAGAACCAUCCCAUCCACAUCCACGGCUACGACUUCUACAUCCUCGCCGAGGGCUUCGGCAACUUCGAUGCAGCCACCGACACCGCCAAGUUCAACCUCGACGACCCGCCGAUGAGGAACACGGUUGGCGUCCCGGUGAAUGGCUGGGCAGUCAUCCGGUUCGUCGCCGACAACCCUGGGGUUUGGCUGAUGCACUGCCACCUGGAUGUGCACAUCACCUGGGGCCUCGCCAUGGCCUUCCUGGUGAAGGAUGGAGUUGGAGAGCUGCAGUCCCUGGGGGCACCUCCACCAGACCUGCCAAUCUGCUGAAGAAAUCAAAGUUCUCUUUUUUGCUGAUUUACCAUAUAUAUAUGCUGAUUAUUUGAAAGGAUUGUACCAUUCUCACAUUUGUUACCACAUUCUAGCUAUCUACAUUUGAUUCAUUAAGAAAAUUUCAAUGUUAUUCAUGUAUUGGAAAACAAGAGAUAUAUGCUUUCUGUAACAUUCCAUUCAUUACCCUGAAAUUUUAACCAA